AUGGUCGAGCUAGAUGAAUCAGAGACAAGGAAGGUCUCGGUCGGUGGUGAGGAGUGGUCUCUGCCGAGAAAUACCCGAACAAACGACCAAUCUUGCCUUGGUGGAAAUGCCGCUAGAGAGUAUCUAAACUCCAACGAUAAGGUCAGACAUCUUUAUCUUCCCAACAAGUCGAUGGCCGAAACGCAAUUCAAAGAAGGAUUCAGCUAUGGCCUGUUCAGCAUUACUGAACCAUAUGUGGAACUGAAUAUGUCGAAUUACAUUGACUUUGCCAAUGAGCGGAAGAUAAAGAGAACGAUUGAAAUAAUAUGUGCCGGCGGGGCUCCAGAGCUGUGUGCUGCGCUAUCAGAAAACCUCAAGGAUUUUGACCGACCGAAGACAUGGCACCAGUCAGGCUCCGGUCAAGUUGGCCCCUUUGCUCUCGUUGCGAUGGAAAUCUCACUGUGGAUGCGUGAUACUGCUGACAGAGAGCUUCGUGAUCGUGCCGAUACGGUCGCAGACGCAUAUAAAUAUUUCAUUCUGCGGAAAUCGUAG